AUGGGUAUGACUCCUUCCUCCAAAUUAGUUUAGCACAUUUAAAACUAGCAGCGCGAAAAAUAAUUGAAAUUUUUAGAAAAAUUAUCAUAGUCUUUAAAUAAGACACCUUAAGAGGCAGAAUAAAUAACUUGGAUGAUGCAAAAUAAGCAAUACGAAAUUGACUUUUUAAUUCUUGGAACAGGUGGUAAUGGUGUUGUAAUCAGGGGUUAUGAUAAACAAGAAAAUAAGCCUAUUGCUAUAAAAAUAAUGAAAUUUAAAACAAACGACUAGUGCGAGCGCCUCCUCAAUGAAUUUAAAUUACUUUAGCAAUGUUAAGGAACUUAAAUCUUAAGAGUAAAAGAAAUUUACAUAAGCUAUAAAAUGAAGCUCUAAUUUAUGAUUAUGGAAUACUGCCCAUUUGACCUUAAGACGUAUUUGAAGAGAAUUGAAGAAAAAAGAAGCAAUAUUAAAAUAGCUUAUGUACUUUAAAUUUGCUAAGAGUUAGUGUCAGGCUUAAAAUAAAUACAUGAAAAUGGAAUUAUUCACUUAGACAUCAAACCCGCAAAUAUUUUAUUUAGUCCAAAUUCAAUCUGGAAAUACUCUGAUUUCGGACUUUCUCGCAAGUUCAAACAUGUAGUAAACAACAAUACUAAGAAAUAGACAGAUAACACAAAUGAUAAUUAGGGCUAAAAUGGAUCAGACUCACCAACUUCUCCUAAUUCGAGCGAAACAAUUGAAGAGAAUAUGAUUAAAUUCAUUAAAAUAAUUCCAGAAGGUUAUACACCAUAGUAUGCAUCUCCAGAAUAAUACCAGAUUGUUAACAACAAGGAUUUCACUAAAAACGUCACAGAUAAAAGUGAUAUUUACAGCUUGGGUAUUGUCUUUUUGGAGCUAACAGGCGUUAAAAUUUCGAAUGAAAUUAUCUAAAAAAUGAAAACAGACGCUAAUAUAGAUCCAUCUUCUUAGUUCAACCCAUAGUAUCAGAUGUUUAAUGAAACUGUACUUAAGAGAAUGCUCUCUUUUGAUCCUUAAAUGAGACCAACUCUAGAAGAAGUUUAACAUCAAAUUUAAAAAAUCCUAAUUAAAAAUAGAGAUAGAGGAAUUAGUUCAAUAACUAACUCACCUAUGAAUGUUGUAAGAGGAGAAACUUAGAAAAAAUAAAAUUAAGUCGAUAUAGAUUUCACUAAGCUUGCCUGCGUUGAUGAAAAUGAAUUCUCUAAUGAUUACCAAAAGCCUGAAAUAUUUUAUAUUAAUCAAGGCGGAAUAGAUUUAACUUAAUAAGAUAUCACAGAAAUAGUUGCUUCAACAACUAAAAAGAUCGAUAUAAACGUCAAUUAGCAAAAUAUAGACUUCAUCAAGAUCAGAUGA